UAAAUUAAUUGGUUUACGCCAAAGUUCAUUUACAAAUGGUGGUAUAUAUACUGGAAUUGUAAUUUUUUUACUAGUAAUGGCAGUGAUGAGCAACUAAUUGAAGGACUACGGUGGGCAUUCUGACACUGGGGGGAACUGACUUGGUGUCACUGACACCCCCAGUGACACCAAUACAGUGAUCAGUGCUAAUUAAAAGCACUGACACUGUACUAAAGGCAAUGGGCAGGAAGGGGUUAACAUGUGGGGUAACUGUGUGCUGUGUUCCGUUUUACAUUGUGUCCUGUGUGUGUGCUUCACUGCAAGCACACUACUUUGCAUGGCUGUGCUAUGCACAGCCAUGCAAAGCAGUGUGCAGGAGCUGACAAACAGCUCUCCCCCCUGUCAGAGAUGCUCGGCA